AUGAUGAAGCCGGGCGGGGAAGGAGCUGCAGCCGCAGCCCCAGCGCCAGCUGCUGGCGCGGCGCAGUCUAAUAACGUCUUAGCACAUUCAAUGUGGGACGUAUACGAUAAGGUAACUCCUAUCGAAGCAGGCCACAUAUCUCCGUGGGAAGAGUUCGAAGCGCAGUGCAAGAAAGAAAACGUCAGCGAUGAGCAGGUGAGCAAGUUGAAGGCAAAAUGGGAUGCCAUUACCGACUUUGGAACAAAAAACGUUGCACCGCUGAACACAAUAUCGCGUGAGAAUUUGCGCGAUCUGGGCAAGGAUAACCCACAGGUUUUUCACAUAUUUCAACUUGCUGACAUCGUUACCCGGAACCACCAGCUGGCCCUGGUUGACGCGGGCAUUCGCAGUGAUACCAAUCCAUCAACUGGCCAAUGUGAUCCCUACAUCAUGGACACUUUGAAGCAUGCUGCUUUGAACAGUGGGGCCGAUCCGAUUGUAUGCAUUGCAAAUAUGUCUGGGUCUAGGGGAGUCCGAGUUUGUCGCGCUAGGUCUAAGCGAAAGUGUAUUUAAAAAUCUGUAUUGCUCUGGCUUUUGCUCUUGCAUGACCAGCAAAUGCGCCUAACUUUUAUUUUGGUUGUCCGAAGAGGAAGAGAGGCAACACCUGUCAUCAUGCAGAAUUGAAUAGGCAUCGAGGAGCCUUCUCAAAACCUUUGCGGCCUUGUUGAGGUGCAUCCUGUACCGAUGAAGACGCACAAUCUGUUGUGCCUUCUCCAAACUUGUGAUGCUGGAGCCCGCAUCCCGCCAACCCCUGAUGUAUGAAUGCGAGACCAACAACAUGAGAACCUUUUCAAUCUUUCACACCCAGACAUAUUCGCGUUUGAUAGAUUGCGAUACGGAAUCCCGAGCUCGUCAAGAAGGAUCGGCAAGACGUAUCGAAGAGAAGAACGCUCCCGCCGCAAAAUCUGGAAGUGUUUGCGUUCUUGCAAAAGUGGUCAUUAGAAACAGUUGCCACCUUGCACGUGUCAGCAGGACAAAUUUUGAAGCUGGAACAUCGAAGGUCUUUGUUCCAAAAAGAGACAAAAAUGCGCAAGCGCUUGAGGUGGUUGCGGUCAGAUUAGCAAGACAAACAUUUUGAAUUCAUUGUUGAAACUUCGCAACGCAAACAUUUGAAAAACCUCGGGGCUGGGGGCAUUUUUCGUUUUCAUGCGAGGAGGUCUACUGCUUGCAGCAUGGAGGCCCAGAGUCCACAAGCCUCCACCAGGGUUGGGGACUCAAUCAAUGGAGGUUUUUUCCCAACUCUGAGGAGAACAUGAAGACCGUCGCAAAAGAGAUAGCCGAGGGGCAUGCGACAGCAGCCAAGGAACGUGCCGAGAAACACGGGUACCCAGAUGCGAUUCAUUGGAAAAUCGUAAAUCUGCAGUGCUGCAUGCAUCCUGAUUUUUCUACACACUUGCAGGCAGCCCUCGAGCAAGCCUUCCAGGACAAGGGCUUGCUUGAUGCGCCUGGUGCGAAAGUGAGUCACCUGCACUGCAAGGGCAAGGACGCGCAUCAAAUUGACGCGGAAAAGAAAGGCAAAACGACUUUAGCAAUAGCGGGGCCCGGACGAAGUUCCAUGUGGUUCAGACGGGAUCACGAGGAGAACACUGAUGAUAAAAAAGUGAAUAUUGAGCGCGACAUUAAGAAGAGAGAAAAUCCGCUCAUGGAGCACAAAAAGGAUCCAGAUGCGUUUUUCAAGCAGCAGCAGGAAAAAAUCGACAUGGCUCCUAAGCGCCGCACGCAACUGCAUGACAUGAUUGGGGAUCUGACGACGGUCUUUCGCGCAUAUGAAGAAACGGGCGAGGAACACACUCCUCAAGCGAAAAAAGUUGCUGAAAUGCAGGAACAAAUCGCGCAACAGCUGGACAACUUGCACCUCCAUCAAGAAAACGGCCAGGGUGUCGCCACCGCGCAGACAGCAGAAGAGCGAAACGCCCGCGCCCAAAGAUUGUCUUGGGAGGACAGGACUCAGGCCGGGACUCCUCAGGACGAAGACGCUCGCCGAGCUGCGUUGCUUGCAGCAGCAUCAAGUUUUAUGACGCGGUCAAAUUUUUUUACGCAAGGACCCACAUUCCAGCCCGCGCCGUCUCCCAGACGAGCUACCGGGGCUCAAAAUGGACGAACUAUGACUGAGAGAAAAUCUGGCUUUCUCAAGACGCCACGUAAGUAGCAUGCAGCCGAAGCCUCUCAGUUUGUUAUUUUUGUCUGGAUGUCAUAGUCAUUCUCAGCAACGGUUGCUGGCUUUUUCGCUCGAAUUGUUCGUAAUAGUAUAACAACUUGUUACAUCAGAAGAUACAGCUUUCGCUUCGCGUUCGCCAGACGAGGCACUAGAUUAAGUAAGUAAGUAAGUAAGUAAGUAAGUAAGUAAGUAAGUAAGUACAUACAUCACACCUUCCGCCGUCCUGCUCUUGUUUUCCACAGUAGGCAUUGGGAACUUGAGCUAAUUGUUCUGUGACGGUGUCUUUUGAGUUGAGUUGAGGACGAUGUGUUCUGCUCCUGUUUGCAUGUCAUCCAACAUCCCGCUUUGUGAUUUUACCUAAAUGGUAAUAUGGAAAGCGAUUUGAUGUUGGUCCUUGGGCAAAAGGCAAAGCGUUUGAGACUACCAGAUUUGUUUCUGGCAUAAGUUCCGGCCCGUAUGAACCUCGCGGAAACCCUUCACAAUGGCACGGCAUCUUCCAGAGCAGUCAUACAGAAGAACAUCCGGAUCCGUCGGCACCUUGUGCAGGAGUCGGAGUAGAUGACUCUGUCGGAACUUGGGGCAGGCGUCGUGAGGCUGGUGGCAGGCCCGCGCCGGUGGACGACGAAAGAACAGGACAACUGAGCCGGCGAGCCUCUACUAGACCAGAAGAUGGCAACUCGGAAGGAGCUCCUGCUGCGUCACUACUAGGAGGCGACGCGCAACACCGCUUUUCCCAGCAUGAUUUCGGCAACAUGGAGCGGGAAUCGCCGACUCUUGGCCCCGCUGCUGCGCCCGUGGUUAGCACGCAGUCACAACACAGAUUCACGUUGCCGGGUGGACCGGGAGCUCCCGGUGGCCACGACGACCUAUUUUCUUUGCCGCCGGCUGCUGCGGGUGCGGGGUCGUCCUCCUCGUCCGGCGCGGGAGGGCACCAGCCGCCGCAGGGGCGUCAGUCUGAGCACGAGGAUUUCGCGUUUCACGACGCGAUUGAUCCGCGAGAUCGAAGAUCCAGCAUUAGCUCGAUCCCCGGGGACUUGCAACCGGCGCCGCACCCGGCCCCGCAGGUGGUCGCGGGCGCUGGGGGUGCGGAAAACUACCCCGACCAUUACUCGUACGGGUUUGGCAUUGCAUGGGAGAAAAAAGUCGUUCUCGGGAGGGAGAGGCCAGCGGUACCCUUUUCACACCACGCUGAUGUAGCAGCUAUCUUCCAGCAGCGACCCGAUUUCUUGCCGGCAAACCCAGACACUGUCAACUGCGGGGGUGGGUUUGAUCAUGCGGCUCGUGAAUACAGAACGUUUACGGGUCUGAAGGAUACCGCAGGGAAAGAACGCGACUUCACGGCUGUGCCGCUCUCCGCGCUGGAUUCCACUGUAGUGCCUGGCAGCGCAGAGGAUGUUCUGAAGCACAUCCGUUUUGGAUGGUUUCAAAACCACAUGUCGAAGCAACACCAGAAGUAUGAAGCCAAGAACGCGAUUAAGAUGCAAGGCAACCUCCCCGCGGGGUUGGAUCCAGAUACGUUUGACACUUCUCUGAACACGAACCCGAUGAAGGCCGGGCUGGAGUGGAUUCUUGGUUGCCCCGAGAAGCAGCUCGACUUUCGCUUGGCUGCGCCUGUCGAAGUGGUGCAAGAGGUGGCGCAGCGUUGGCCGAAGCCGUCUCGUGCAGAGUCUUUUUUUGUUAAAAACCUGGGUUUGACUUGUCGCGGGCGGUGGGAUAAAGGAGUGCUGCAGCCGCAACAGGAGACGGUCUACAAAGCGAACCAAAGAUAUACCACACCGCUUCACAAGAUCAAACGCGAAAUGGAGGAGCGGGAGCGGAACAACGCGGGUCCCCGGCACCGUACGAAGUGGACGAUUCCCUAUCUCGGCCACGACGGGACGGAGAAGCACUGCCACGUAUCAAGUGAUGCCGGCGCAAAGCCGUACACCACAAAGGAAUUCCACUAUCUCAUGAAGUGGGGAGACCUCGAAGCAGACAUCAACCGGGGCAAAGUUCGGCUGUUGCAUUGGGACACCGACCAGCCGCUGGAUAGAAAUGCCUCGAUCCAACUAGUCAGGGACUACAGGAGGGCCCACAACAUCGGGGAGGACAAGCUGCGCCGCCAUCAUUGGCACCCCCUAAACCGGGCGGACGGGCGAGCGGUUUUUGCGGGACCGCACAGUAAUCCAUUUGCAGUUCAACACCAAUUGUAUGAGAGGAAUAAACAAGAAUUACAGCAGUGUCGCCCUCUCUGGGACGACACGCAGGUACACCAGGCGGCCACGAAAAUGACCGUGGAACACAACUGGCAGAACCCAUUCGCACCGCACGUUGAUCCCAAGCCGCAGGUUCAGGCAGAUUACACAAGCGCCCGCGGCUGGGCAGGGUCACCUGACGGGCCGUACGUUUCUGGGCGAGCCCCCGGAGCUCCGCAGGAUAAGGGCGAAGCGAAAGGGGUUCAGGACGCUCCGCCUGCAAGUCAAGCAACAAUAGAAAGGUGUCGCGCACUCAAUGCGGAGCAAGAGAAGCUGCAGGGCGCGCCACCCGUUGUUCGUCCGUGGCCACCCGCAGGACAUGUUGAUCGGGCGCGGCCGAUGCAAGAGCGACCACGACGUCCAAGCUUCGUCGAGUACGGCACACAGCGGCCGCGAGAACAGCAGCAGCAGCAACAAAGAGGACCCAGCGCACAUCAAUCCGGGCCUGGUAUUAAUCCUUCGUCCAGUGUUGGUCUUCGUCAGUUCUCAACACGCCGCAGAGCGUCUGCUUCUGCACACGCAGGACCGUACACGGCAACGCAGUCACCUGCCCCAGAGCCCUCGCAAGCGGGACAGAGCCUACCGAGCGGUAGCACUGCUGGACGAGGAAGUCCUGCCGAGCCUCCGCCGGCGGACUUACCGCAGAGCCGAAGAAAGUCGGUCGGAUAAGAAAUCUUUCUCGCGAGGAGAAGUAGAAAGCGCAAUGUACUUAAUAGUCCAGGCCGAAGACAAGCUGAAAUAAAUAUUUUCCUGUCACAGACGAGAGAGUCAUCACACGUAUGGACGAUGUUGAGCACUAUCAAGUCACAGAUGAGAGUGACGCGUUCGCAGUUGCUCAAGCAUGCCAUGCAUUUUUUCUCAAUUUUACAUAAACAAAGUUUGAUUUUUGUUUUUUCGAUUCUGUUUCAUAAGUUAGGCACCGUAAUCCAACCUCAAUAAGAAAUGUUAUGUAACUUCUGUGAUUACAGCAUAAAGAUGAACCUAACCAGAAAAACAAACAUAAUGGAAAUGAUGUUGAUUUGUCACUGUAGUGAACCGAAAUGAGCAUAUGCUGUAGCACAUACAGAAAUAAAAAGAGGACACUCACACAAGUUUCAUUGAAGUAUGCGACGGAUAGCGUUUUCUGCCAUACAUCAUCAUGAUAUACAGUGAGCGGAGCCACGCACGAAAGUGAGAUGCAGCAAAACAAGAUAAGUAAAUAGAUUCAUUGAUAGAUAAAAUAGUUUUGUAAGGACGACCAGCUCGUCAGGUACCAUGCAAGUGAUAUCAAACACUACAAAGACUGACUUCUAGGAUCAUGCAUUUUAGUAGUUUUGCUUUUGUUUUUCCACGCUGCAUGCAUUUUAAGUGAAGUUCAAGUUGAACAAUCACGCUUCCACAGAUAGCUAUUCUUUUUCGAUUUUGUUAAUAGUUGCAAUCACAUUCAGAUUCGGUAACGGUAUGAAUUUGAGCUUUCCAAGAAAGUCACGCAGCGACCACUUCCUCUCGAGCUAGCAGAUGCCAGCAACGAUUGAUAAUUGUAAUGACAAAUGCACUUACGAGGAAGAGGAUUGUUGACGCCAUGGGAACCACCGGUGUCACCUGAUGAAGAUUACUUAAGUACGGUGCUACAAUAGCAAUUUGUUUGCGUAUUUAUGCUUGAGCAGCAGAGCAUGUUGCGGUUUACGGUUUCGCUGUGGAAAAGAAACAAGAGGAUAAAUCAACCAUUUGACUCUCAGGCCCAACAACAUCGGGGUUCUGCCUCUGCU